AUGGGUGAACAGAACCGGUACAAUGAAGCCAGUGCAAGUGAUGGAGAAGCAUAUUUGGACAGUGGGUUUUCGCGAAGUGAUUGGAAUUCGAAAAUUACAGUUGGGCAAAUUUUCUCUAGUAAGAAAACAUUAUUGACGGAGUUACGAUUGACGGCAUUAAGAGGCCACUUUGAAUUUAAGGUCCGAGCAUCGAGAAUUGGAGAAUACAGCUUCAUGAUUGUGAGGUGUACAAUUGUCCAUGCAUGUGAUUUGAGGUUCAUAAGUGACAACCAUCUUCAAGUAACCGCAGCACUUGCAGCCACUUCAUUUAAAAGGAAGUUUAAGGAUUCUCGGACAAUAUACACACCAAGUGACAUUAUGAGAGAUGUGAAACACAACUUUGGUUUCACCAUCCAUUAUUCGAAAGCUUGGAAAGCAAGGGAGUUAGCUCUAUUAUCCAUUAGAGGAUCAGUGGAUGAGGCAUAUUAUAUCAUUAUGGCUUAUUGCUAUGAAUUGGAGCGUAUGAAUUCCGGCACAAAAACAUACGUCCAAACUGAUGAGAACAAUCACUUUGUGUAUUUAUUUAUGGCGGUUGGCGCAUGUAUUAGAGGGUUUCGUUCUUCCAUGCGCCCAGUGAUAGCCGUGGGUGCCACUCAUUUAAAAUCCAAGUACAAGGGCGUUAUGCUUGUAGCAAAUGCAUUCGAUGGUAAUCGAAAUAUAUAUCCUCUUGCUUUUGGGAUCGGGGAUUUGGAGACAGAUGCAUCAUGGCAUUGGUUUUUCACUAAACUUCAUGAAGCCAUUGGUAAGUGUCCCAAUCUUGUUAUUAUUUCUGAUCGCAAUGCAGGGUUACAUAAGUGGUCUAGAGCUCACAUGGAUGAACGCCGCUACAAUGUAAUAACAACAAAUAUUGUGAAGUCAAUCAACUCAGUCCUUAGGUUUGCAAGGAUGUUGCAAGUGGUUCAUUUGAUAGGGGAAAUUAUUAAUCUCCUUGUGAAAUGGUUCACCGAAUGUCGUGAGUUGGCUUUGAAUUGCACAACAACAUUGUGCCCCAAUUUUGGAAAGAAGAAGUUGAGGAAUAGGUUGGAGGAUGCUGCAAGGAUGAAUGUCGUUAAAGUAAAUAACGCACAGUUUAAUGUUUUGGACGGUGAUAUGGACGACCUCGUAGAUUUGACGAACAACAGUUGUAGUUGUAGAAAGUUUCAGCUUGAGCAGCUACCUUGCAAGCAUGUAGUUGUAGUUUGCCGCUUCUUGAACGUAAAUGUAUACUCAAAGGCUUCUCGAUGUUCGAAGUUGAGUUCUGCUACCUCCUAUGGCAAGGGUCAUGCCAGGCAGACGAAAGAAGAUAAGAAUUCCCUCGCAAGGAGAGGGCACUAUUACAAGAAAGUGCUCAAGGUUAUGUAA